ACGAGCCCUUCUUGCUCUUAUUUGUGUUUUAUUCGAAAACCAUUUGUAAUCAGCUAAAAAUAGCGUAAUCGUACAUAAAUCAUCCAUGUCUGUUUAAAAGAAUGGUAACUUCCUCGUGUUUAUCAUUUUCCGUGAGACCUUUACAGUAUAAUUUUGUACCGGAAGUGUAGAGCGUAAACAGACGCGCGCCGCAGUUACCCGCGACUGUCAGUGAUGAAGCAGUGUUUCCUUGUUCCAAACUAAUGUUUCCCUCACUUCCACAGGGACGCAUCACUUAAGCGGGCUUCGACAGGUUUAGUCGAUCAAACUGCAUUAAGUAAUCCAGCAGAAACUGAACCCAGUGACUCGGAGAAGCGCUAUGCCGCGGCGGAAGAGAAAUGCCGGCAGUAGCUCUGAAGGUACAGAGGAUUCAGACUUCUCCGCUGAGCACACAGACAGCUCAGAGAGUGACGCCCACGCAGUGAGAAACACCCGCAUCACUCGCUCCUCGCUGCGUCUCAGCCGCAACUCGCAAGACCUUAAGGAAAGUGCAGACCAUGACGAGACCCCACCCAGGACGCCGACAGGCAACGCUCCUUCCUCUGAGUCUGACAUUGACAUGUCCAGCCCAAACGUGUCUCAUGAUGAGAGUCUGGCAAAGGAGCUGUCACUGAAAGAAUCCGGCCUUGCUCACCGGCCCAAACGACGACGCUUUCAUGAGAGCUACAACUUUAACAUGAAAUGCCCCACACCUGGUUGUAAUUCACUUGGACAUUUGACAGGGAAACAUGAAAGGCACUUUUCAAUAUCGGGAUGUCCACUGUACCAUAACCUUUCAGCAGAUGAGUGUAAGGUGAAGGCAAGCUCUCGAGACAAACACGUGGAGGAGAGGACACUGUCACAGCGGCAGAAUGAGAAUCGCCAUUCCGCUCGGCAACAGGCCCAAAUGGAGCGACAGCUGCGGUAUAAAGAAAAGGUGACAGAGAUGAGGAGGAAGAGAAACUCCGUUCCUCUUAAAGAGCAAAAAGACAAGUAUACAGAGCACAGACAGACCCAUGGUAGCAGUCGUGAGCCUCUGCUGGAGAACAUCACAACUCACAAUAACCUUCAGCGGUAUGCUUCAGGAUUUUUUCUUUCUAAACUCUGUGUCAUCAUUCCCUCCAGUCAGACCUGUGUUUCUCCCACCCUUCAUUGGUCCUUGCAGGAAAAACUCCGGCUGCAGGGACAGGUCACGGAGGGCGGCAACAUGAUAAAGACCAUUUUGUUCGGCCGCUACGAGUUGGACACCUGGUACCACUCGCCGUACCCCGAAGAGUACGCCCGCCUCGGCCGUCUCUACAUGUGCGAGUUCUGCCUCAAAUACAUGAAGAGUCAGACCAUUCUGCGACGUCACAUGGCCAAAUGUGUGUGGAAACAUCCACCAGGUGAUGAGGUUUACAGAAAAGGGGCUAUAUCUGUUUUUGAAGUGGACGGCAAGAAGAACAAGAUUUAUUGUCAAAACCUGUGCCUCCUUGCCAAACUCUUCCUGGACCACAAAACUUUGUACUACGAUGUGGAGCCGUUCCUCUUCUAUGUGAUGACCGAAGCUGACAAUACUGGCUGCCAUCUUGUAGGAUACUUCUCCAAGGAAAAGAAUUCAUUCCUGAACUACAAUGUCUCCUGCAUCCUGACCAUGCCACAGUAUAUGAGGCAGGGUUAUGGCAAGAUGCUGAUUGAUUUCAGUUAUUUGCUGUCCAAAGUAGAGGAGAAGGUUGGCUCCCCUGAACGGCCUCUCUCUGACCUGGGACUCAUCAGUUACAGGAGUUACUGGAAAGAAGUGCUCCUGCACUACCUGUACAACUUCCAGGGCAAAGAGAUCUCCAUUAAAGAAAUAAGCCAAGAAACAGCCGUCAACCCUGUAGACAUUGUCAGCACUUUACAGUCACUCCAGAUGCUGAAGUACUGGAAAGGGAAGCAUCUGAUUCUAAAAAGACAGAAUCUGAUUGAUGAUUGGAAAACCAAAGAGGCAAAACGUGGAAGCAACAAGACUAUUGACCCUACGUCCUUGAAGUGGAGCCCACCCAAAGGAACUUAAGACAAUAAUCUGCAUGCUCUUCACUGUUUGCUGUAGCUUAGCUGGUCUUGGUCACUAUAUGAAUAUUUAAACACAUGGGAAGGUGUUCUCUUUCAUAGGUUCACUCAACAAUGUAUAGCUAUGACACUAUGGGAACACCCCUUGGGUGUGCCGACUGUCUGAAGCCUGAAUUGAAUUAUGGCAAUUCAUUGGCUGAUGGCGUGGGCACCACCUCAACGUCACUCACUCUAAUACUAGCGACCGCACCAUCCGCUCCUCAGAUUUCUUUCCUUCAGAAGCAGUCGUUUAGCCCUUCACAAGCAAUUUAUCUGGCCCAUGUUUCGGCUUAUUUCUGAGUUUCUCUUUUGCACUUCAGCGACUGCAUUGAGUGAAACCCACACAGUAAGUUUGAUAAGUGUAUGGAUUUGUCUCAUGUGUAAGGCUUUUUUUAUGGCGCUUCUAACUGUAAAUUUUGUGUGAAUCUCAGUCUCAAAACUUUUUGCUAGAUUACAUUUUGUACACUGUGGCGUCCGCUUCAGUCGAUGCUCUCCCGCCAAACGGCCAGGAGGCGCUGCCUUCUGCAGCCUAUACUGAUCUAGUGGACGUGUUAGCGCAUGCUACCAAAAAGCUUAAUACUGAGUGCCUGGACGAUCCGCAAGGGUCCUGCUUCUUGAGCGGCCCCAAAUCUCAUCCCACACAAAGAAAGUGGCCGUUUUUUAGUGAUCUGCAUCACGAAAUCUCCAGAUCCUCCAAUAAACCUCCCUCCACUUCCCUCACUAACAAACCCACACCUCACAAAACCUAGUGGGUUCUGUGGAGCAGGGUUAUGCCACUUCUCUGGUGAUUGAGGACACGCUGGUCUCUCACCUUUUGCUGUCUUCGGCCCCCUCAUUAAAGUCCCGCCCUCUCCUCCCAACUAAGCCAUGUAGGACCACUUCUGCCCUCAUCGGAAAGUCCUACAUGGCGGCUGGUCAGGCGGGCAUGGCGCUUCAUGGAAGAGGGAGGUGGGGCCUGACUCCAGAAGCAGUCCAAGAGCUCCAUAGAGUUACGGACCUGGCACUGCAUGCAACUAAGCCACCUCUGACUAAAUCUCACAGAAAUACGUGAGAAGGAGAAGGUUUUUCUCCACAUCUCGCAGUCGGGAUUGUUCGGCGAGGCGGUUAGCUUGGUGGUGGUUCACAAAUUCUGUGCUGCCAAGACUCACUCAGCUGCCCUUAAGCCGUUCAUGCCCAGGAGGGCACACAGCUCUUCCAACCCUGCCUCUGUGCCCAGAGACCAAUCCAUGUUCAGGAAGGAGCCCGUUAGCAGGAGUGACGACUCGGUGCAUCCCCCACCUCUUCUGGUACAUCCUUCGACCCGUUAGCACCUGCAUAAGUGGAUUGAGCUGAAGCGCUCAGAUAAACCCGUGGCUUCAGCUUCUUCGGGUCGUUCCUGAUCUCUGUGUCAGGAAAAGGAGAGCUUCCCCCAUUUCACAAGGGUGGGAGAGACCGUCCACUCCUUCUGCCCUCCUCCUUUUGCUUCUGUUGAGGACUAGAGUCUUCGGCUGCUCUGCCCUGUUCUAUGUGGCUCUAUGUGGACCAUUCUAAAAAAUGGCACAAGUCCUCCCAAUUGUUGGUGUGUUUUGGUGCUGCCUACAGAGGGCUCGCUGCAUAGGAUUUAUCAUUGGGUAAGGGAUGCUAUCUCGCUUGCGUAUGAGGUGCGAGGUCUCUCUUUACCUCUAGGUAUUUGAGCUCAUUCUACCAGGAGUGUUGUUUCCUCUCAAACUCUUUUCAGAGGAGGUUCCCUGGAGGAUAUCUGUGUGGCAGCAGGAUGGCCUUUUUAUCAGGUUUCAUAGCUUGGAUUUAGCUCUUGGUUCCCAGAUUCUUUCUGCUUGAACCAGCCAUUUGAGGUUAUAUUGGCAGGUGUGGUAUAUCAUUCCCAUUGCGUCAUAGCCAUAGACUGUAUAUUAAACAUGGAAAUAGUAUCAAUGACGUCAUCCAUAGAUUUCUGAAGAGCGUUUUUGAAGCUCAAAGUAGGCGGCAAAGAGGUGGGAGCUGGCUGUUGAAACCACACCCACUUAGCUUGACGGUGGUGACAGAAGCGGCAAUACACCUUCUUCGGCAGCAAACCUGAGGAGCAGAUGCUGCGGUCGUUAGUAUUAGAGUGGGUGAUGUAGUGACAUUGAGGUGGCAUCCACACCAUUAUCCAAUGAAUUGGUGUGAUUCCAUAUGGGCUUCAAACAAUCGGCAUACCCAAGGGGCGUUCCCAUAGCCAUGCAGCAUCUCGUUCGCUAUUCAGAGAACAUGGAUAAUGCGAGUAACCCAAGACAUUUUCUUUGUUACAGAAAGUUACAAUUAAGGCUGCAGUCCUAACUGUGUCCUGUCUCACAUGGCUCAGUUAGAACAUUUAGAGUUACCUUAAGCCUGGAAUACACUACAUGAUUUUUGCCCAGAUUUUCAGGGCAUUUCAUAGAGAAUCGCGCAAUGUAUGAUGUUCAUAGAUUUUUUUUUUUAGCUACAGACUUUGAUUCCAUCCAGUCACAGGAAAUCAAACAUGUUUGAUAUUUUCAGCUGAUUUUAGAACACACGUUGUUUUCAUUUGAUACAGGUCUCCUAGCAACAAGGUCACACGUUUCGAGUUUGUUGUGAUCAGAACAACUUUAAAAUCUGGUAGUGUGUGAUCCUCAGUUGUGUAGUGAAUGAUGGCCAGUUUUCCUUUGAGACUAUUUACAAAGUCAGUAAGUGUAUGAUGCCUAGUGUUUGUAAAAUCUGUCCAGAUUUUAAAAGUUGUGUAGUGUAUUCCAGCCUUUAGCUGUCCUAUUAGAGUACCAGUGUUUGAUACUCAAAUGACAAUUGUUUUUACUGUUUUUUUUUUUUUUUUUUUAUCUACUGCAUCUUUUUGUUUUAGAGAAAUGACUAUUUGACUGUUAAAUAUUUAUUUGAAAAAAAAAAACAUUAAUGGUUUUGUGAACUAAAGAGCUUCUUUUUUUGUUUUUUGUCUUUUUUAUUUCCUCUGAUCCAGAUAUGUAUUCCCAGCCCUAUUUGACAUUAGCCAAAGUCAUUGCACUAAGUUGAAAGAAUAUUUUGUUAGCUCAAAUGAGACUAACCCAUUGCAGUAAAUGUGAUUAACCCUUCAUCUUCAAUCAUUGUUUUUUCAAACACCUGUAAUCAAAAACUAUUAAGUGUAGCUUCACUUAGUUUAUAGCAUGUCUUGGCUAUAUAUUGCAGCAGUUGUGUAAUUUGUGCACAGCCAGAACAGUUUAAAUUAGCUCUUAGGAUUACCAUCAUGCCCUUGAUGAUCUGUCAGUGGCAUGUGUUGCACUUGAUUCUCUGUCUCUCUCCUCUGAAAUAAAUUCGGUCACUGUUUGAAA